AUGGAUUUCGUCAAAAAGGCCAUGGGCAAGUCCGGCGAGAACCAGGAGGCGGGCAUCCAGGGCAACCAGAGCACCCACGGAACUGCCCCUGCCGCUCCCCAGCAAGGCGGCCAGAAGGACGACUAUGUCGACAAGGCCUUUUCUAUGGGCGCCAAGCAGGGCGGCUUCAACAUCGAUCGCAAUACCCAGGAGAAGAUUACGGAUACCGGCCGUGGCAUGUACGAAUCGGCGACGGGGAGCAAGGUCGACCCCAAGUACUCCAACUAA